AUAGCUGCACUGGAUAUUAUCCUUAAUUUCAAUGCCUGGAAGAAUUUCAAGUUCUCCCAGAUAUUGCGGUACCUGCUGAAGUUCGCGGUAGCAGCUAUGUGGGCAGUGCUACUUCCAAUUGCUUACUCGAAGUCUGUCCAACGCCCAACUGGACUUGUAAAGUUCUUUAGCACUUGGACUGGGGACUGGAAGGAUCAGUCUUUUUAUACGUACGCUGUUUCAUUUUAUGUAAUACCAAACAUACUGGCAGCUGUGUUUUUCCUCGUUCCACCAUUUCGGAGAGUCAUGGAGUGUUCAGACAUGCGAAUUAUCAAGGUUAUAAUGUGGUGGGCUCAGCCAAAACUAUAUGUUGGAAGAGGUAUGCAUGAGGACAUGUUCUCUCUAUUCAAGUAUACCUCCUUCUGGAUUAUGCUACUGAUCAGCAAGCUUGCUUUCAACUAUUAUGUGGAGAUAGUACCCCUUAUUACGCCAACAAAGAUGAUCAUGAAUUUUCACAUUAAAAAGUAUCAGUGGCAUGAAUUUUUCCCCCACGCGAAUAACAAUAUUGGAGUAGUUAUUGCUAUAUGGGCUCCAAUUGUACUGGUUUACCUGAUGGAUACUCAAAUAUGGUAUGCCAUUUUUUCUACUUUGUUUGGAGGCAUACAUGGGGCCUUCAGUCAUUUGGGAGAAAUACGGACUCUUGGGAUGUUGCGGUCUAGGUUUGAGUCAAUACCAAUCGCCUUCAGCCAAACCCUCAUGCCAUCAGAAGAUGGAAAACAUGCGGAUGACUUUGUGAACCAGAACAACAUCAAAAAUUUCUCCCAGGUGUGGAACGAGUUCAUUUACUCUAUGAGAAGCGAGGAUAAGAUCAGUGACAGAGAUAGGGAUUUGCUGCUUGUACCAUCUUCUUCGGGUGAUGUGUCUUUAAUCCAGUGGCCACCUUUCUUGCUUGCCAGUAAGAUUCCUAUCGCUGUGAAAAUGGCAAAAGAUUUCAAGGGAAAAGAGGAUGCUGAACUGUUUAGAAAGAUUAAAAGCGAUAGCUACAUGAAUUUUGCUGUUAUUGAGAGUUAUGAGACACUGAAGAAAAUAAUUUAUGCUCUACUGGAAGAUGAAGCAGAUAGAAGGGUCAUGAAUCAGGUGUUCUUAGAAGUGGACAUGAGCAUACAACAACAGAGAUUCAUAUAUGAAUUCCGGAUGAGUGGAUUGCCGCUCCUUAAUGAUAAGCUGGAGAAGUUUCUAAGUAUAUUGUUAAGUGACUAUGAAGACCAGGGUACAUACAAGUCUCAGUUAAUUAAUGUCUUCCAGGAUGUUAUCGAAAUAAUCACUCAAGAUCUCUUGGUUAAUGGGCAUGAAAUUCUUGAAAGGGCUCGUGUUCAGUCUCCUGACAUCAAAAAUGAAAAAAAGGAACAGAGGUUUGAGAAAAUUAACAUUCACCUCGUACGGGAUAGAUGCUGGCGGGAAAAGGUUAUUCGGCUUCAUUUGCUCUUGUCGGUCAAAGAAUCUGCAAUAAAUGUUCCUCAAAACUUGGACGCCCGCCGCCGUAUUACUUUCUUUGCUAAUUCUCUGUUCAUGAAUAUGCCUAAUGCUCCAAAAAUACGAGAUAUGCUAUCUUUCAGUGUUUUAACUCCUUAUUACAAAGAAGAUGUUCUAUAUUCAGAGGAGGACCUUAACAAAGAAAAUGAAGAUGGGAUCUCCAUACUGUUCUACCUACAAAAGAUUUAUCCUGAUGAGUGGACCAAUUUCUUGGAUCGCGUAAAUAAUCCUAAGCUUACUGAGAAAGACAAGUCAGAGUUCCUUCGAGAGUGGGUAUCCUACAGAGGUCAGACGCUAGCCAGAACAGUUAGGGGUAUGAUGUACUAUAGGCAGGCACUGGAGCUUCAAUGCUACCAGGAAGUUGCAGGGGAACAAGCCGAGUUUAGUGUCUUUCGGGCCAUGGCAUCCAAUGAUGAUAAUCAGAAGGCUUUCCUGGAACGUGCCAAAGCUCUUGCAGAUCUGAAGUUCACUUAUGUUGUUUCUUGUCAGGUCUACGGAAAUCAGAAAAAGUCCAGUGAUACCCACAACCGUAGUUGCUACACGAAUAUUCUGCAGCUCAUGCUGAAGUAUCCAUCAUUACGGGUUGCUUAUGUAGAUGAGAGGGAGGAGACAGCAGAUGCAAAAUCUCCAAAGGUCUUUUACUCUGUACUCCUAAAAGGAGGCGACAAGUUUGAUGAGGAAAUUUACCGCAUCAAGCUUCCUGGUCCUCCAGCUGAGAUAGGUGAAGGAAAGCCUGAAAAUCAAAAUCAUGCUAUCAUAUUUACACGUGGUGAAGCACUACAAACUAUAGAUAUGAAUCAAGACAAUUACUUUGAAGAAGCUUUCAAACUAAGAAAUGUGUUGGAGGAAUUCAAUAAGGAGCGUGUUGGCAGACGUAAGCCAACGAUUUUGGGUCUCCGAGAACAUAUAUUUACUGGAAGUGUUUCGUCAUUGGCUUGGUUCAUGUCCAAUCAGGAGAGUAGUUUUGUGACCAUUGGCCAAAGAAUUUUGGCAAACCCUCUGAGGGUCCGUUUCCAUUAUGGCCAUCCUGACAUAUUUGACAGAAUCUUUCACAUAACAAGGGGCGGUGUGAGCAAAGCUUCCAAAGUAAUAAAUUUGAGUGAGGAUAUAUUCGGAGGCUUCAAUUCAACUCUCCGUGGGGGAUAUGUUACACAUCACGAGUAUAUCCAAGUUGGAAAGGGACGGGAUGUGGGAUUGAACCCAAUCUCAAUUUUUGAAGCUAAAGUAGCAAAUGGUAACGGGGAACAAACGUUAAGCCGUGAUGUUUACCGUUUGGGGCAUCGGUUUGACUUUUACAGGAUGCUCUCAUUCUAUUUUACGACCAUUGGAUUCUAUUUUAGUAGCAUGCUCACAGUGCUUACUGUAUAUGCAUUCCUGUAUGGACGUAUGUACAUGGUUAUGAGUGGAUUGGAGAAAGAGAUUAUGCGACUCGCAACGCCAAAUCAACUUGCGGCUCUUGAGCAGGCUCUGGCUACUCAGUCCAUAUUUCAGCUAGGUUUCUUGAUGGUGCUACCGAUGGUAAUGGAAAUUGGCUUGGAACACGGAUUUCGCACUGCUAUUGUCGACUUUUUUAUAAUGCAGCUGCAGCUAGCCUCUGUAUUCUUUACAUUCCAGCUUGGGACAAAAUCACAUUAUUACGGGAGAACAAUUUUACAUGGUGGUUCCAAAUAUAGACCGACAGGGCGUGGAUUUGUUGUUUUCCAUGCGAAAUUUGCGGAAAACUACAGGUUAUACUCGAGAAGUCACUUUGUGAAGGGAUUAGAGCUGCUUGCAUUGCUAUCUGUUUAUCAAGUCUAUGGGAGUUCAUACCGGAGUUCAAGCCUUUAUCUGUAUAUCACAGUCUCGAUGUGGUUCAUGGUUGGCUCGUGGUUGUUCGCACCGUUUAUAUUUAACCCUUCAGGUUUUGAGUGGCAAAAGACGGUUGACGAUUGGACUGAUUGGAAACGGUGGCUUGGAGAUCGUGGUGGUAUAGGCAUCCCGGUUGAAAAGAGUUGGGAAUCGUGGUGGAAUUUAGAGCAAGAACACCUCAAACAUACAAAUAUUAGAGGGAGAGUUAUGGAAAUCGCACUUGCUCUCCGCUUUUUCAUAUAUCAAUACGGAAUUGUUUACCAGCUCAAUAUCUCUCAGAACAGCAAGAGCUUUUUGGUUUAUGGGCUCUCUUGGGUGGUCUUGCUCACAUCAUUACUUGUUCUAAAGAUGGUAUCUAUGGGCAGACGAAGAUUUGGUACGGAUUUUCAGCUAAUGUUCAGGAUUCUGAAAGCACUUCUCUUCCUCGGCUUCUUGUCAGUCAUGACUAUAUUAUUUGUAGUGUGCCAACUCAAACUCACCGAUCUCUUUGCUUCCAUUCUUGCUUUUCUUCCAACCGGGUGGGCGAUUCUUCUGAUUGGGCAAGUACUGAGGUCGCCAAUCAAAGCCUUAGGGAUUUGGGACUCGGUGAAAGAGUUAGGAAGAGCAUAUGAAAAGAUAAUGGGACUUGUAAUCUUUGCACCAAUCGCUGUUCUGUCUUGGUUCCCUAUCGUUUCCGAGUUCCAAGCUCGUCUGCUUUUCAAUCAAGCGUUUAGCAGAGGCCUUCAGAUCUCCAUGAUCCUUGCUGGUCGGAAAGACAAAGCAACUUCGUCGCACAAGUAACCAUGAAUAUUCUCUGUUUCCUGGUUUCUUGUGGCUUAAGCAAUAUCCUUUUUUUCAUAGAACGGUGUCGUUUAUAGUAGUUGAGUAGUUUGUCUAUAUUAAGUUGAGUUAUACUUAUAGGGAUGAUAGUAGUUUCGUUGGGGUUGGACACCUCACACACUCAUCACACUCAUGUGUUGUUAUCACGAUGAUUUUGACAUAUGCUCUUUAAUUAUAGCUCAAUUGAUUUCUUUUGGUUGUUGAUUUAAUA